GCUCAGCUCUCCAACUCAAUGUACUCACUGGUUGUUUUUGCAGUUGAUUUGAAGAUGUGAGGGUCGAACUCGUGCUGGCCUCGCGGACCGCGAUUGUAGUGGUUUCCCGCUGCUUGCAUGUGCAUGUGGAUAGAUUUGGAAUAUUUGUUGCAGGAUAGCAAGACGAUUAAGUAUGUUGAUGGGGAGGACGAGAGAUUUGGUCCACCUGUAUAUGGCAUCGACACCUCGCUAGGGCGACCGCGGACACUUUCGUGUCCUGUCUAGCGAUUGAGUCAUUUGGGAGGCAAGCGAGUGAAAAGGAAAGCCAGUGGAACUACGGGCGAACAAGAUGGUGGAAGUUAUUGCAGCGUUGGGCGCUGGCGCGCACGCGCUCUUCAACUAUAAUCGGAAAAACUACAUGUUCGACCAGGAGCAAAGGAUCAAACGCGAAUAUCAGAGUCAGGAUAUGCGCGUAAAGCAAUUCGAGCUUUAUCGCGAAGAUGUGCGGGACUUGGUGGGGCUCACUAUCGCGAAAAUGGACAACUAUCUUAUCGUAAACACACUGCAGUUAGGCUUUUGCGUUGCACUUUAUACAGAAGGGCGGCUGGAAAGCACAGAAGGGACGCUCUAUCCAGACUGGAUGCUGUGGCUGUAUUUCUGUUUUUCGACGCCACUGUCUGAUGAUGUUUCGAUAUUGUGAGGUCCACGUGUCGAUUCCUAAGCGGUGAUGGUGAGAGUGGCCUGACAUGAUGCAACGAAGUUAUUUGAGUAAAUGUCAAACUAUAGCUACUAUCUCUUCGCCCCUCAACAACACGACCAGGUAUUUGAUAUCGAUAAGCGGAGCAUUUCUCUAUCUUCUUAUGUCUGUGUGGCUGGCGAUGCACGCGUCGAUAGCUGCGCACUCUUUCGGUGUCAGACUUCUAACGCAGUUCGUUCGUUUGCCGGUCCCAAGUGUCGGUCAGAUCGACGCAGCAAGAGGUUAUGCGACAGACUACGAAGGCAAGAAGCUUGGGGAUAUGCUCCGCGUACCUAUUUGGAAACAACAAGCAGAAAAGCUCAAUCAAACAAUGAGCCACGACCACAUCGAACGUACAACACAACUCCCACCUAGUUCCAGUUGGUAUUAACAGCGAUAAUCAAUGUUAAUGACAGGCCCUCAUUUAUCGAAGACGAAGGGCUAGACGGCCGCAACAGCACAAACGAAUUCUUGUAUACUAUUGUAUAGUAGAGUAGUUUAUAGACGCUGGGCUACGCUGGGUGGCUGGGCGGCCUCGCUGGGCACGCUGGGCGGCAACGCGGGGCACGCUGGGCGGCAACGCGGGGCACGCUGGGCGGCAACGCUGGGCGGGCGCUUGAAUAGCGCUUAGCGGACUUAAGGGCCACACAUUGGGCAUGCCGAGCCUGCGCGGCCGAUGGAUUUACUUGCGCCGCGGGGACGCGGUGCAGCGCGUCCCGUGAGGACAAACAAAGGCGGCGCGCCACCCUCAAGGUUCAGGGCAGCGCUGGCGCAGUGCUGCGCCAGUUCGCGCAGUAGCGGUCUGCGCGGCGCCUGCUCUGUUCAGGCUUGCGCUGCGUCGCGCUGCACUGCGCUGCCCGAUGCGUGCGAUGCUGCGCCGCUCUUGUGCACAGCGGUAAACCCGCCAGCGCCGUUGGCCUUCGCCUACGCUAGCCUAGUACUGCGGGUGGGGUUCUCAAGCGGGCGCCCGAAGGGCGCCCCGCAAUUGGAGACGCCCAGCGUCACGCUGGGCGCAAAAUUCGGCAGAUCUGGCACAUUUGGGUCGCCCAGCGACCCAGUGUGCCCAGCGUGCCCAGCCCAGCCAUGUCGGGAACCCUUAUAAACUGUUCUAGUAUAGAAAUGUACCAUGAAAUUCGCAAAAUGCCGACGCAGCAGUCCAUCGCUGAACAACGAAACUCAGUAACUGCUCACUCUCAGGUGCACCUUCGUCGCCUGAGGAAACGUCUGACCCCGCGCUUGGAGCACGUCGAUCCACGUAUCGCAACAAAGACCAUGUUACAAUGCUGGAGCAUGUGCGACUCUAUCGUCAGUUACAGGCCAACUGGCAGUCCUACGAUGCAUACGCACGUGUCGCGAUGUCCAUGGGCACAAAUCAGCUGCUAC